AUGAGUGUCGUCCCGCCUUCACCCCUAGGAGUGGGCUGGCAGAGUAGAACUCAGUGUUCCAUUCGGAUGAGGCAGCGGAGGCCUUCUCCCCUGAGCAUUAAAUCGAACGCCUUGUUGAUCUCGGAGAAAGGGACCUCGUGGGUGAUGAACUUCUCCAACUCCAUCUCCUGCACCGCCAAGAAACACACCGACGUUUUUAGCGAACACCUACCUCAAGGAAAACUCAACCCCACCCACAACUAAAGCGGCAAGUGAAACCGAGUUCCCUUACCUUGUUCAUGUACUUCUCCACCACUCCAGGGAUGUCACUGCGAGGCUUGUAGUUCCCGUAGAAGGUGCCCUUGAGAGUCCGCUCACACAAGAAAUUUACUGGGGAGGUCUUGAAUACGUCAUCCUUGUGAGGCACACCGACCAACACAGCGACUCCCCAGCCCUGCGACCGCGACGUCAACCAGAUUAGAUCAGGGACCGUCAAAAAACGUUAGAUUUCCGUUUAUGCAGCGUCAGAGAUCGAGAGAUAUCAAGGGAAAGUACAUCGUGGACGCAUUCGAAUGCGGAAAUCAUGGCGUUGAUGUUGCCCGUGCACUCCACGCUUCGGUCUACUCCGCCGCCGGUCAUCUCGGCGAUCACCUGCUACCACAGACCACAUGACUCACACUUCAGAAACCGAAGUCAACGACUCGAUGCUAAACUCGGAAAUGUUAAAACGUGAGAAAUAGAAAGGGAACCUCUUGAACGGGUCUGUCGUAAUCUUUUGGGUUCACAAACUCCGUCACGCCGAACUUCUUAGCUGGCGAUGAAAGCAAUGAAAAUGUCUUAGACUCUGUUCUCGAUCUCAUGAGCCGAAAUCAUAUUGAUUUGAAAAGAUUGGACACACACCUUGCUCAAAUCUGUCCGAGUUCAAGUCCACACCGAUGAUCCUUGAAGCUCCUGAGACCCUCGCCCCCUCCGCAGCCUGUUUGUUACCAUUCUAAUGUCAUCAUCUAAUCGAAUAGGGAGAAGAGAACGAAAACCAUUCACAAUACAGAAUAACAGAGAGAGAAAGAGAGCGAGACACUCACGGCAAGGCCCACGGCUCCCAAUCCGAAUACAGCAACUGACGAUCCCUUCUUCGGUUUGGCCACAUUCACCGUCGCGCCGAAACCUUCGAUAAGUUGACAAAAAUAUUUAUGGUAUUAAGAAAAGAUCUGAUUCCCAAAAUUAGAGGAUGAGGAAGAUGGUGUGAACACGUUCCAAGGUAUGCUUUUUUUUUAAUUAGUGAAGCCAAGCUGAAGAAGAAGAAGGCCGCACCUGUGGAGAUCCCGCAGCUGAGCACGCAGACCGUUUCCAGGGGGGCCAGCGGGUUUAUCUUCGCCAGGCAGCCCACGUGCACCACGGUGUACUCGCUGAAGGUGGAGGUGCCGAGAAAGUGGUAG